CAUAGUUAAUUUUAUUAUAGCGAGCAUUGACACUUGAAAGGCCUUGAUCAACAACGACCAGGCCAGACGUUUCAACGGCGACGGUUGCACGUAGGAGAGUUUCACGGUCACAGUCAACAGGUGAUGGUUCCCACAUGUCUGGCUCGCCUUCGAUGACAUCGGAUGUUCCCGAGUCCCUCUUGCUGGUUUCUCUGUUCGCCGCCUCCUGGGAAUCCAUCUACGGGGCGUCGGAAACCUUCAGGCCCGGCGCGCUGGUAAUCAAGUGCAUGACCCGGAGUUGAACCCGAGACACCACCGCAUCCGCCUGUUGGCUGUUGUUCCAAUGACAGCUGAGAAUCCUUAAACGGAUAAGGUCAACCGCGCCUUCAACCCUAACCCUUUCCGCAUUUCUUUCGGUGGAGACUCCGAAGGUCGGGUCUGGAGCAACUCACAGAGCCACUUCUCGACUUCGGUCGGUGACUUCACUGCGGCAGAAUAUGAAGAGCUUCACACGUAUCGCCGCAGGGUCAUUGAGACAACCCCGACAAAGUUUACCUAGUGCCAGACAUGUAUGCCAUUCCUGCCAGAACCUGCGCCUAAGCAGGAUUGAACAGCGGCAAUUUUCCCAGACAGCACCGUCUUUAACAGAUUCGUUCGGCUUCAAAAAAUAUACUCUCCCGCGCAGCUUUAAGCCCAAGGAAGUAAACCUGCCUGCCAAGAUGGCCGGCCCGCCUCCCCCAGAUCCGGCGCGGAAGCGGCUGGCAUAUAUCGCCCUGGGAAGCAACUUGGGGGAUCGUAUUGGCUGGAUAGAAAAGGCCUGCGCCGAGCUGGAUGCGCGGGGCAUCAAGGUCAAGCGCACAAGCAGCCUGUGGGAGACGGAGCCCAUGUAUGUGCUAGACCAGGAUAGAUUCGUCAAUGGUGCCUGUGAGGUUGAGACAACUCUUGAGCCACUUGCCCUUCUGGAUGCUCUCCAAGAUAUCGAGAACUCUCUUGGUCGCAAAAAGAUCAUCGACAAGGGCCCGCGUAACAUUGACCUCGAUAUCCUUCUCUAUGACAACAUCAAGUUCAACCAUGAGCGCCUCACAAUUCCUCACAUUGGAAUCCCGGAAAGGGAGUUUGUCUUGAAGCCUCUUGCUGAACUUAUCCCCGACAAACCUCUGGACCCCGACCGACCAUGGACCCUAACCCGGGACUUACUUGAUGCCCUGCCUUCUUCUACUACUCCUAUCACCACUAUGACCCCGUUGUCAGCACACCACCCCCCCAUCAUGGCUCUCAAUCCAGCCCGGAAAACACACGUCAUGGGCAUCCUCAACAUGACCCCUGACUCCUUUUCUGAUGGCGGCCAAAACACAUCCCUUGAGGAGCAAACUUUGAUCUCCAACAUACGAUCCUUCUUGGACGCAGGCGCCACCAUGAUUGACGUUGGCGGGCAGUCAACCGCCCCUAACUGCCCCGAGGUUUCAGCAGAGGAAGAGCUCAACCGAGUGCUCCCGGCUAUCAAGCUCAUCCGCUCUCAUUUCUCAGAUAGACCGGUGCUCAUUAGUGUGGACACCUACCGAGCAUCUGUCGCCGAGGCUGCCGUUGCCGCCGGCGCUGAUAUUGUGAACGAUGUCUCUGGUGGAAGCAUGGACCCGGAGAUGUUGCCUACUGUUGCGAGGUUGGGGACAACCAUCUGUCUGAUGCACAUGAGGGGGACACCGGCGACGAUGAACAAUCUUGCUGAGUACCCUGAUUCUGAAGGAGGGCUCAUUGGCGGGAUUGCUAAGGAACUGGUGGAGAGGGUAGCGGCUGCCGAGACGGCUGGUGUUAGACGGUGGAGGAUCGUGCUUGACCCUGGGUUAGGCUUCGCCAAGGUUGGCUGGCAAAAUGUCGAUGUGCUGAGGCACUUGGAUGAGCUCAGGUUCUGGCCUGGGUUGCAAGGUCUGCCGUGGCUUGUCGGGUCCAGCAGGAAGAGCUUCAUUGGGAGGGUGACAGGCGUACCGACGCCGAAGGAGAGAAUAUGGGGCACGGCCGCGACAGUUGCGGCUGCUGUUCAGGGAGGAGCGGACGUGGUGAGGGUCCAUGAUGUCAGGGAGAUGGCGCAGGUGGUAGCGAUGGCGGAUGCUAUCUGGCGGUAUUGA